AAUCUGCAGCAAAUUAAGUCUAGAAUUAUUCUUGCCUACUUCUCUCAUAGGAAAAUGUCCUCGGAUUCCGCUGAACCCAGGCGCCUAACCAAGCCCAACACCCCGGGAGCUGCCCCACCGGAACAAGAACAGCUCCCCUGUCCGCGAUGUAACUCCCUCAACACCAAAUUCUGCUAUUACAAUAACUACAAUUCGUCUCAGCCCCGCCACUUCUGCAAAUCCUGCCGCCGCUACUGGACCCACGGUGGCACCCUCCGCGACAUCCCUGUCGGUGGUGCUACCCGCAAAAACGCUAAGCGAUCUCGCACUGUUAUCAGCGGUUCUUCCACUCCUGUCGUUAUAACCACCGCGACCAGCAACACCGGCCAUAAUCUUCCGUUACCGGCCACCCCGAUUUUGGUGCCCCUUAUGGCCAAUCAGGGCGCGUUCGGCGUUGGUGGUGGGAGUGACUUUGACGUGAAGGGUAACGGCACCGGAGGAAUGUGCGGGAGUUUCACUUCUCUGUUGAACACGCAGGGUCCGGGUUUCCUGGCGCUGGGCGGGUUCGGAAUCGGGCUUGGAUCCGGGUUCGAGGAUGUGAGUUUUGGGCCUGGAAGAGGAGUGUGGCCUUUUACUGGGGUGGGAGACGGUGCUGCUGGUCUUGGAUCUAAUGGUGCGGCUGCAACUGGGAUGGCUAACACGUGGCAAUUUGAGGGUGGAGAAACUGGGUUUGUUGGUGGUGAUUGCUUUUCUUGGCCUGAUCUUGCUAUUUCCACCCCAGCAAAUGGAGUCAAUAGAAGAAUACUACAGUUUCAGAGGAAUCGGUGACAGCUGAAAGUAAAUUGUUUGCUAUAGGAACUAGAUUUUAGAAAAAUGACUGUGUUUGGAUGCUCUCUGCCAUGUGAUUUGGUUUUGCUUUUGUACCAUUUUUUGUUUGGUGCCAUGGCACAUGAUUAUCAAUGUGUAAUUUCUGUACGCCUUGACCUUUUGUGGAGUUGCAUGGGAAAAUGCUAGCACUAAUUGUUGUUGCUGAAAACCUUCAAGAUCUUCCCUUAAUGUAUCUUCUCUCCAAGUGGAUUUGCAAAAUCUCAACGUUGGUCAUCGAGGAGAAACUCCGAUGCUUAAGUCAGAAUUUUUUUAGUGAAUCUUUUUUUUUUUUUAUUCUGUGUAUUUAUAGUACUUUUUUGUGGGUUUUGUACAUCAUGACAAGGUAUCCAUGUGGCUCGUUCAUACCCACGAGACUUAGUUUACAUAAUAAUUAUGAUAUGGUGUG